AUGCCACUCCAUGCUGCCCGUCGCGCGAUCCCAAGGCUCCACGCAGCGCCAAUAGCCACGCCACCGGCAUCCCUCCGCCACGCCCGCUUGUUCCACCCGUCGCCGCCCACGCCAGCCCGCGACGUCGCCGGCCAAACCCACUACGAGCGGCUGGGCAUCCAGCACGACGCCUCGCACGGCGAAAUCAAAAAGCACGCUUCUUCCCCAUCCUUCUACUCCCUUUCCAAGGCGCACCACCCGGACGUGAGCCGCGACCCGGCCGCCGCGCACACCUUCGCCCUGCUGUCCGAGUCGUACGCCGUGCUCUCGGACCCCGGCCGCCGGGCCCGCUACGACCGCGAGAUCGUGGUCCGCGCGGCGCCGCGCGCCCCGGCGGGCGGGCGCUCCCCGUCCGGCCUGUCCAGGCGGCGGGGCUCGUUCCGCGGCCCGCCGCCCAGCUUCUACCGCAACGCGGCGUGGGCGGGGGGCAAGCCGCCCGACGGGCCGGCCGGUCGGGCCCCCCGGGCGGGUGGCGGCAGGGACGACGACGACCACCACCACCACCGCGUCCCGCACUUUGACGAGGCGGCCCACGCGAGGACGCAGCGCAGGGAGGACGAGCGCCGCUGGAGGCGGAGGGCCCUGGGCGACGACGGCGUCGAGUUCGAGCCGCAGACCACGCUGGCGGGGCACUUCUUCAUCGUGGCCAGCAUCCUGGGCGCGACGUUUGCGGCGCCCCUGGUGUAUUUGCAGCUGACGAGGUGGAGGAAGCACGACGGGCGGGCUUGA